CAGGAGGGGCUGCGCUUUCUGGAGCAAGAGCUGGAGGCCAUCACCAUUCCGGACCUGCGGGGCCGAGAGGGCCACUUCUACUACAACAUCUCCGAGGUGAAAGUCAUGGAGCUGCAGCUGACAUCCUCUGAGCUCCACUUCCAGCCACAGCAGGAGCUGAUGCUAGAAAUCAUCAACGCCUCCUUGGGGCUGCGCUUCCGGAGACAGCUUGUCUACUGGUUCUUCUAUGAUGGAGGCUAUAUCAAUGCAUCCGCCGAGGGCGUGUCCAUUCACACCGGUCUGCAGCUCUCCCGGGAUCCCGCCGGCCGGAUCAAAGUGUCCAACGUCUCCUGCCAAGCUUCCGUCUCCAGGAUGCACGCGGCCUUUGGGGGAACCUUCAAGAAGGUGUAUGAAUUCCUCUCCACAUUCAUCACCUCGGGGAUGCGCUUCCUCCUCAACCAGCAGAUCUGCCCCGUGCUCUACCACGCAGGGACAGUGCUACUUAACUCCCUCCUGGACACUGUGCCUGUGCGCAGCUCUGUGGACAAGCAUGUCGGCAUUGACUACUCCCUCCUGAAGGAUCCUGUGGCCUCUGCCAGCAACCUGGACAUGGACUUCCGGGGGGCCUUCUUUCCCCUCUCAGACUCCAACUGGAGCCUGCCCAACCAGGCGGUGGAACCCCAGCUGCAGGAAGAGGAGCGGAUGGUGUACGUGGCUUUCUCUGAGUUCUUCUUUGACUCUGCCUUGGAGAGCUACUUCCGGGCGGGGGUCCUGCAGCUAUCACUCGUGGGGGACAAGGUGCCUCAUGACCUGGACAUAGUUCUGAGAGCCUCCUUCUUUGGGAGCAUUGUCCUACUGAGCCCGGAAGUGAUCGACUCCCCGCUGAAGCUGGAGCUGCGGGUCUUGGCCCCACCGCGCUGCACCAUCAAGCCCUCGGGCACCACCGUGUCGGUCACUGCCGGCGUCACCAUCGCCUUGGUCCCGCCUAACCAGCCCGAGGUCCAGCUGUCCAGCAUGACCAUGGAUUUGCGGCUCAGCGCCAAGAUGGCGCUCCGGGGGAAGGCGCUGCGCACGCAGCUGGACCUGCGCAGGUUCCGAAUCUACUCAAACCAGUCUGCGCUGGAGUCUUUGGCACUGAUCCCGCUGCAGACCCCUCUGAAGACCAUGCUGCAGAUUGGGGUGAUGCCCAUGAUUAAUGAGCGGACCUGGCGUGGGGUGCAGAUCCCGCUACCUGAGGGGAUCAACUUUGUGCGUGAGGUGGUGACAAACCAUGCAGGCUUCCUCACCAUCGGGGCUGAUCUUCAGUUUGCAAAAGGGCUGCGAGAGGUUAUUGAGAAGAACCGGCCUGCUGAGACCCAAGCCCCAUCCAGUGCUCCGGCGCCCCCCACGGCAGUGGUCUGAGCCCCCUACCUCCACUCUGGCAGCUGCAUUCAGGACUCCGAUGCCUCAGUCCCCUACAGCCUAGUGUCCUCCCUAACCCCCAGUGCCACAGAGAAGACAGGGUUUUAAGCUGUACCCAAUUUAAUUCCAUGAUCACAGUCAGUCCAUCAAUUACAGUCCAGCAUCUCC